CGCAUCCCACAAGAAACAAACACUCGCUAUCUGGCCACCGGUCGUUCAACACAUCAAAAUUACAAUAAAAUGUAUUCAAAUAUGUGCUUGAGGAUUGCUGUGUGCCUGGCACUGGUCGCCUGUGCCACCAGCCACGUGCUAAAACACCAAGAGUUACCAUUGUCAUCAGAAGGGAUGAUUUUGGAGAUCACAGUGAAGAACAAGGGUGAUGACCAUCCAUUAUCAUCCAUGGUGGUGGAUAUCAACGAGAAAGAUAGGAAAGUUUCCAUUACUGUGCAAGAGCCCGCAGCAACUGCGCCGAAAGGCACGGUUACUGUGCCACCAGACGGCGUGCCUACUAUUGGUAACCGUCAUGGCAUCGUGGUUGGUACCUGCCCCCUUGGAUACUCGAAGCGAGGAGGAUUCUGCUUCCCAGACGAUGACUACUAAACCAGUGUAUUGUGUGAUAAACCCCUCAAAUGUGAUAUUCUACCAGUGUAAAUAAAUUAUUAAAAUUUUUAUAUCCG